AUGUCCGUCAAUGACCGUCGCGCCGCCAGCUACAUGAGCGUACCGCGACCCCGCGUCCCCUCGAAUCGCAACAGUGACCCUGAGAAAGUUUCUGCGCUACGAAGUGGAAUACUUCCUUUACAAAUGGAUAAUAAUAUGGAGCACAUGCGCGGCAGCUCAGUUAGCCUUAAGAACAAGAUGCCGCGGGAUCAGGCCACUACCAGCGAAAAGCGCGCUGAGCGAUCCGCCGUCAGAGAAAAAGCUCGAAGUCGAACGAGAAAUUCAGUACAGGAUUCUGGCAAUGCGGGGAAUCGGGGCAACCUCGAGAGAAGUCGAUCAAAGAGGGCCAGUAGUCCCAAUGUGCGGAAGAAAGAGAAGGAGCUCGCGGAGGUGCCAUGGAAUCCGCAAGCGUCAUUAAUACCUCAUUCUACUGCGCCAUUAGCAUCUCGUGUAUCCGUUCCUCCUCUGGCUUCAACAUUACCGCAAUCGCUGCAACCCAAAUCCCUUCGCGAGCUCUCCGCAGAUGAACAGGAACGCGCGAUCCUCGAGGAUCUUUUGUUUGUCUUUAUGGGCUUUGAAGGGCAAUAUAUUCACUACCAUACCCCUUACGACCCGUCCGUCGAAAUGGACCGCCUGACCGGCCCCGCGUUUCAAUUAGCAUCAGGGUUAGAUCCGACGCUGAGAGACCUCACACUGUCUAUGCUGAAGAUGGCGACUCAUUACACUGCGUUGGAGGCUUUCGUGGAGGUACAAAGUCGCGCGGAGUAUGGGGCGGUUAGCCAUGCUAUGUGCGCGGUCAUCCGAAAACUGCUGAAAGAUUAUUUGAUCCUCAUCGCUCAGCUUGAGAACCAGCUGUUGAACAAUCCCAAUUUCACUUUACACGUCCUUCAUAUACACACGAUGCCGACGGCCCAAUGUCUGGCUCAGCUAUACUCGCUUGGUCAAGAACUUCUUCGACGUAACGGACUGCUGGACCAAGACCUCGACGAAUCGAUCGAUGACUUUGACGAUGUGGAUAACAUUCUCGAACAACUCAAAGAGGGAGGGGACCUUGUCCCUGGCGCUAUGUCUAGCAAGAAGAUCUGCAAAGGGGGCAAUGUUCUUCGGCUGUUGACUGAGCGGUUGGCAACACUUUCAGGAGACCCGACUGCCAAGACACUCUUGGAGACUCUACUCCGCGAGGCUAGUAGGCCAUAUAUGACGAUGCUUAACGAAUGGCUGCACCAUGGAGGAAUCAAGGACCCCCAUGCAGAGUUCCUUGUCAAAGAACAGAAAUGGAUCAAGCGGGAGAAGCUCGAGGAAGACUACACAGACGAAUACUGGGAAAAGCGAUACACAAUACGCGAAAACGAAGUGCCGCCACAACUCGAAGGCGUCAAGGAGAAGGUCCUUUUGGCCGGAAAAUACCUCAACGUUGUUCGCGAAUGUGGUGGCGUCGACAUCAGCAAAGCAGUCAAAGACGUCCCCAAGACACUUGAUGAUCCUCGGUUCCUGGAGAACGUCAAUGGGGCGUAUACCUACGCGAAUGCGUCGUUGCUGAAUCUCCUGUUGACGAAAAACUCGCUCACAACCCGUUUCCGUUCACUCAAGCAUUACUUUUUCCUCGAUCGCUCCGAUUUUUUCUCAUACUUUCUGGAAUUGAGCGCGUCGGAAUUGCGCAAGCCAGCGAAGAGUGUUAAUGAAAGCAAACUGCAAUCGCUUCUUGAUUUGGUCCUGCGGCAGCCGGGUAGUAUCGCAGCCCAGGAUCCUUUCAAGGAAGAUGUCAAGGUACGGAUGAAUAAGAUUGGGCUCACGAAGUGGCUUAUGCAGGUCGUGAGCGUCUCCGGUAUUGAUCAGGAUAAUCCCGAAGCGGCGAUUGAAAAAUAUCAAGCGCCACCAACGCAAGGCACGGAAGACGACAAAGAUAUCGUUGGAUACGAUGCUCUUGAAUUAGAUUACUCAGUACCUUUCCCUUUAUCUCUUGUCAUCAGCCGCAAGACCGUCCUUCGAUAUCAACUUACAUUCCGCCAUCUGUUGUCUCUCCGCCACCUGGAGGACCUGUUGGUGACUUCUUGGCUAGACCAAAGCAAGGUUGUGAGCUGGCGGCACAAAUCCUCAGAUCGACGGUUAGAGCUCUGGAAGCGGCGAGCGUGGAACCUGCGCUCGAAAAUGCUCGUAUUUGUCCAGCAGCUUCUCUACUUCUGCACUUCUGAAGUCAUUGAGCAGAAUUGGCAGAAUCUGAUGGACAGAGUAAACGGCACGGAUGCAGACGGCUCGGAAGUGACUGUCAACGGGACGAAGCAGGUGAACCGAACGGUCGAUGAGUUAAUGCAAGACCAUGUCGAUUUCUUGGACACAUGUCUCAAGGAGUGCAUGUUGACGCAGGCAAAGUUAUUGAAGAUACACUCCAAACUCAUGACCUGUUGCACCAUGUUCGCGUCUUGGACCGCAGCAUCACUAUCACGGGCAUUGAAUUCAGCAGACCCGGAUUUAUCUUCCAACCCGGAUGCGAAAGGCUAUGAUCCCUCGCGGAUCGGCAAGCUGGAGGAUACGCUGAAAAGAUACGAAGACCACUUCAAUCGGCAUCUGCGGAUCCUCAUGGACAGUCUGAACUAUUUCGCUGCGACUGAGAGUGUUGUCCUCUUGAAGCUUGCCCAUGCCUUGAGUUCGAUUGGUAAAGACGAUUGA